CUCAGCUCAAUAGUCGCCCCAUUUGGUCUUCAAAGAUGGCGGACGCGUUGGAGGAAUUGGGUCAAGAUUCGCUUAAGGCGACCAGUGACAUCAAAAACUUACGGGCGAGCACGUACCAUGGAGACAGUUGGAUGAAAAUGAAACCUCCUCCAUCAAAAGGUCCUGCUGUUACUUCACCAAGAAUCAGGCUCAGUGAUGGAAGACAUUUGGCAUACAAGGAAAGAGGUGUUCUUAAAGAAAAAUCCAGAUACAAGGUUAUUCUUGUCCAUGGCUAUGACAGCUCCAAGGAUUUGUAUUUGCCACUUUCUCAAGAAGUCAUGGAUGAGCUGGGUUUGUACGUUGUGACAUUUGACAGAGCAGGGUAUGGAGAAAGUGAUCCAAACCCAAAGCGCAAUGUGAAAAGUGAAGCAUUUGAUAUCCAAGAACUAGCUGAUGAAUUGCAGCUAGGUCCAAAAUUUAAUGUCAUUGGACUCUCCAUAGGAACUUAUGCAGUCUGGGCCUGCCUCAAAUACAUACCCCACAGGCUAGCUGGUGUCACACUGGUAGUUCCUGUGAUCAAUUUCUGGUGGCCUUCUUUUCCUUCAAAAUUGGCCAACGAGGUAUUCAAGAAGCAACUUAAAAGGGAUCAAUGGAAAUUGCGGAUUGCACAUUAUGCCCCAGGAUUGUUAUAUUGGUGGAUGACCCAGAAGUGGUUCCCUUGUGAUUCUAUAACGGAAAGACAUCCAAUACUAUUUAACAAAAGGGACAUGGAAACUAUACAACAAAUGUCACAAGUACCUAUGCCCCAUGAGUAUAAGAUACGACAGCAAGGUGAAUAUGAAUCUCUGUAUCGAGAUCUAAUAGUGCAUUUUGGAAGGUGGGAAUUUGACCCAAUGGAGCUAGAAAGUCCAUUCCCACAAAAUGAGGGAAGUGUCUACCUUUGGCAGGGUCAUGAGGACAAGCUUGUUCCAUUUGAACUACAACAAUACCUUGCCAAGAAACUACCUUGGAUAAGUUACCAUGAAGUUCCUGAUGGGGGACAUUUGAUGAUUCAUGAAAAAUAUUUGUGUGAAGCCAUUUUCAGACAGCUUUUGCUUGGAGAAGAACCAAUAAUCAAAUAGGCCUGGUUAUGUCAAACACAGACUCAAAUUUUCUCUCCACACAGGGUGGUGAAGUUGGCCCAAUAAUGCUCUGUUUAUGUGUGGAUGAAGUAUUAUUGAUUCUCUUUAGCUUUAAACUUAACUAGGAUAGACCCCGUUUGCCCGUGCGAUGCACGGGUAAUGUUUUACUAAAUCAAUUAUUAAUUGCAUUGAGUAAUUGAUAUAUACAGAUUAAUACAAUGAUAUAUUUAUUAAAA